UAUCGAUGUUUUUCAAACAUCGAAUAUUGGUCAAAUACAUCGAUGUAAAAACAUCGAUUUAGAAAUGUAAAUCUGUAAUGCGUCCGCAUUCCAGUGGCGUGCCGCGCACCCGGGCUUGAACUUGCGCAAAACUGCAUUUUCCCGCAUCGAUUUUCCCUCAAGGUAGUAAAAAAUUUGAUGGGUACGAACGGACGUGGCGUAUUUAGCCACAAAAAGCCGUAAUCAGUUAUCGCACAAUUUCCGUUCUUUUUUAUCAGUGAGCAGCAUGUCUCCAAACAAUGAAAAUGAAUUCAAAGGGCGUCUCAUUGCCGCUGUUAAAAAAGAAGUGAAACAAGUGAUGGAGGAGUCGGUGACUCGAAAAUUCGUGCAUGAGGAGAGUGGCUCUGUGACGUCACUUUGUGCAGCGGUGGAGGCUUGUUUGUCUCAGGGGUUGAGACGUCGCGCUUUGGGCCUUUUUAAGACCUCCUCGACUACGGCUCUGCUACAUAAAAUCGCAAAGCAUUCUAAAGAAGCGGCGCUUAUUUCGAAAAAAGUGCAGGAAAUUGAAAAUGCUGACCCCACACGGAGGUCGUCGAGUAGUAGCGAAAGUAUGAAUAAGCCAACUUUGAAAAAAAAUCAUUCGUUACCGUCGAAUCCACUCCCGAAGUAUCUCUGGAUCAGAUUGGCUUUGUUCGAGAAACAAUUGGCGAAAAUUAUAGACUAUUUAGUUUCAAAUGCUAAUAAAUACUACGAUAAGGAUGCUCUUGUGGCCGAUCCCGACUAUGGAAGCAUACUUAGCUCGCUAUUGGUGGGGCCCUGCGCCCUGGAUUACUCCAGGACUAAGACUCCGGAUCAUUUUUGGACAGAUCCCCCAGCUGAUGAAUUGGUUCAAAGACAUCGAAUUUCAAGUGGCCACUCAACCCCGCCCUCGGUCCGGCGCCCCAUCCUCAAUUUCCGUCGCUCCCUCAACGCAAGUUCCGACGACUCGAUAGCAAAUCGCACCAACACUCAACACUUGGCCAAAGACUACGUCGAAAGUCUCCACCAAAACUCCCGAGCGACUUUACUCUUUGGCAAAAACAACGUUCUAGUAUUGCCUGUGAAUGCGGAUGUUUCGCAACCCAUGCCUGGAUACCUCAGUUUGCACCAAACAGCGAGCGGUUUAACGAUCAAAUGGACGCCUAAUCAAUUAAUGAAUGGCUUCACUGACGAAGUCCAGGAUAAAAGUGUCUUUUGGGAUUAUGCUUUGCAAGUGCGCCUCGACGAGAUUGUUUACGUCCAUUGUCACCAGGAUAGUGAAACUGGAGGGACUGUUAUUUUGGUGGGUCAGGAUGGGGUGCAACGACCACCGAUUCAUUUCCCCAAAGGGGGGCACAUGUUGGCGUUUCUUAGUUGCAUUGAAACGGGGUUAUUGCCAAGGGGGCGUCUGGAUCCGCCUUUGUGGUCGCAACGGUCGGGGAGUCAUUCCAAUAAACGCAGGAGGCCGCUUCCAGCUCUCUCCGAGACGGAGGAGACCACCAAAGAUUACGUUUUUCGGAUUGCUGAUAAUAGCACCCACAAAGACAUGUAUCCGCCACUGUCAGUAACUAUUGCCAACUUAAUUUCAAACUCACAGGCCACUUGGUGUUUAGGUAUUACAAUGGAAAAAUGGAACGAACUGUGCAAAGACGGCGUGGUGAGCAACUUCGACGAGGUCUACCGUCUGACAUAUUUCGGGGGCGUAGCCCACGAGCUUCGCAAAGACCUAUGGCCGUACCUUUUAGGGCAUUACAAAUUCGGAAGUACAACCCAGCAACGAUUAGAACUAAGUGAAGAAACCAAACAAGCUUACGAAAACACCAUGUCUGAGUGGUUGGCAGUUGAGGCAAUCGUCCGACAACGCGACAAAGAAACCCAAGCAAAUGCCAUUGCGAAACUGAGCAGUGAAAGUAUGAGUGGUGAGCAAGUCCCAGCUCAGAUUCAGCGUGACUUAAGCAAUGAAGUUUUCGAAGAUAUGUUAAGCGAUGAAGAUUCAGAAGAAAAACCAUCAGAAACGCGACGCAACACCAUCAGGUAUGAGAGCGAUGGAGAAGUCGAAGAAGUGCAAGUUAACACACACGAGGAGUUGAAAGAUUUUAUCCACAAUGUUAUUGUGACAAACGCGAGCGUGGAUAUGGGAAAUUUGUGCAAUGAUAAUGACACAGGACACAAAAAUAAUCUAGAUGUUGUUGCUGAAGAGAAUUCCUCGCUUGAUGCUUGCAUAGAAGCCCAUGGAUUGGCAUCGCCGGCUAGAUCGGCGUGUGUUUCACCGGCCAGCUCCAAUGGAGGCGUUUACAGUCAAGAACUUUUGGAAACUUUUGGUUUGAACCUCCACCGAAUCGAGAAAGACGUGCAAAGAUGCGACCGCAAUUACUGGUAUUUCACAGUGGAUAAUCUCGAGAAAUUACGCAACGUUAUGUGCACAUAUGUUUGGGAACAUCUAGACAUCGGCUAUAUGCAAGGAAUGUGCGACUUGGUGGCCCCACUUUUGGUGGUUUUCAACGACGAAUCGUUAACUUAUGCUUGUUUUUGUCAUUUGAUGGAACGAAUGGUUGAAAAUUUCCCGAAUGGCAAUGCCAUGGAUUGUCAUUUUGCCAAUAUGCGAUCUCUGAUACAGAUUUUAGAUUCGGAAAUGUACGAAUUGAUGCAUUCACAUGGUGAUUACACACAUUUUUAUUUCUGCUACCGAUGGUUUUUGCUCGAUUUUAAACGAGAAUUGGUUUAUUCGGAUGUCUAUGCUACGUGGGAAGUCAUUUGGGCCGCUCAACAUGUCGCUUCAAGUCAUUUUGUGCUUUUUUUGGCCUUGGCCUUACUGGAAACCUACAGAGACAUUAUCCUGUCCAACUGUAUGGACUUCACCGACAUAAUCAAGUUUUUUAACGAAAUGGCCGAAAGACACAACGCGUCAGCUGUGCUGUCUCUGGCCAGAGAUUUGGUGCUUCAACUGCAACUGUUGAUCGAAAACAAGUAGAAUUCGAUGUAGUGUGAAAAUUACUAUUUUUAAGUAGAUAGAGGAUAAAUCAAAAAAUACCUCACUAUUUUUAAAAAAAAAUUGAUUUUAUUUACCGAUUUGAAUUGCCCAAAAAAGCGUGCCAAAAUGUUUCAGUUUGAAAAAAAUUGGUUAAACGUGUGCUUCAUAUUUUUAUAUUAUUGUUGUUGUAUCGGCGUUUAUUUGAAGUGUUGACGGUUUGUAAGAUACGAUAUUUAUUUUGUUAAAAAAAUACUAUGUGUAAAAUAUAUAUUUUAUAAAAAGUUAGAGAACGUGGAAAUAAAUUCUAUAUUCUGUAGUUUAUACAUUUUAAACAAGAAACAAUAUUUACCAAAUACAAAUAUUUAACUUAUCACUAUUUUAUGUAUGAAUGUUUAAAUGUGCCUUUUUUAUGCAUCUUUCACACAGUAUUUUAUCUGUAUCAAAACAUAAUAAAGUUAAUGGGAUUUUGUGCUUUGAUUGCAACCGUGCCAAACGACGUCCCGUUUAACUUUCUUAUCUGAUGAUUUAACGAAAUGUAAAUAGAACAUAUCAAUUCUUCUUAUCUCAUGUUGUAUGAAAUAUAAUUAUUUAAUAUAUUA